UUUAGAAGCCUGAUUGCAAAAUAAGAUUCUAAACUUUUAACAGUUUGUCGUUAUGCAAAUGAGUUGGCAACCCAAACAAUAUGGCGGACAACAUGAACGCUCAUGGACUUAGAAACCAUUAACAUUAUGUAUUUUUAGGAAAAAAAUUGAUUGUUGGGAUUUAAAAAGCAAUUUAAGACAACAAAAUGGACGAACGAUUAAAGUGGUUGGAGCUGAGGAUAAGCUCCUCCCUCAGACCUAGAAAUGAAGAGCUGAAAAAUAUGUUCCUUAACGAUGAAAACAGACUUGCCUUUUACGAGUUUAUAAACAAUGAGGAUGUGAGGAAGUUGUUUGUCUACAACAAAGAGAGACAGAUCAUAGCGUCACUGAUCCCACCCUUUGAUCUCAAAUACAAAUCCAUCUUCUUUCUGAAGUGCAAUGCUGGGACAAAGCUGACCAAAGAAAACAUUGGAAAUGAAGUCUUUUACAUUGAUUGCACUAACAUACCCCUUGAGCACCUAGAGCUGCUUAUCAGAGAGGUUUAUCUCCCCUUGAUGUGCACAAAUCAGGGGAAAAUUGCCACUGGUGGGGACAAAGUGAUGGAUAUCCUCCAUAGACUUAUGUCUGUUGUAGAAGUGUCCCAAGGUCAUGUAGAGGGGCGCAUCAUUCUAAGUCUACCCUCCAUAGAAGUAUUAGCAGAAGCAGCUGCCACCCCAAACAGAAGAGGAGCUGUUUUACAUGUCUUGGAGACUACAGUGCUGGCAUGGAUCAAACAAAUAAAGGGCGUUUUGAAACAUGACCCAAUAGCUGACCUGUUCCACCAUUAUGGACCAGAGCCAGGCCCUCUUGAUGAGGUCAAGAUGUGGGAGCGGCAGUUAGGACGUCUGCACUCCAUUCUGAGACAGCUAGAAUCCCCUGUAGCCAAGGACAUCCUGCAGAAUUUGGACCAAGCUCAAAGCCAGUAUUCCAGUUCUUUUAACCAUGUGAGGAAAGAUGUCAACAAGGCGGUGUCAGAGACAAACAGAACUCUCCGAUUCCUCACCACCAUGCAGUGGUUGUUCGAGGAUUUGAACAGCACUCUGAACCCUUGCCACAUGCUGAAGUUGUUCAAACCACUGAUGCAGGUUCUCUUCCUAGUCUGGCAGCAUUCUGUGUACUACCAUCAGAUGGAUAAAUUCCACAAUCUCCUGAGAUUGCUGUCCAAUGAAGUGGUCCACAGAGCCAUUGCAAUGGUCGGGGAAGACAUUCUGAGAGAGCCACUGGAGUCAUAUACCAAACUGAAGGAGGCUCUGAGGGUCUGUGCUGCAUUCAGAGGAACCUAUCUAGACUUCAAAGACAAAGCUGAUGACAAGAAUGCCCAAAACAUUGCCGAAAAUGCAGAGAGAUUAGCCUCAAGGCCACAAGGCAGUCUGUUUCUGACCAAAAUGUAUGGACCCCAUGCCUACACCCCCAGGUAUGGUCUGAGACACGGGGAUGGACACUCAAGCAGUGACUCCCUUACUGACGAUGAACUGUGGACAGACAGUCCCUGGCCCCCAAGAAAUGCUCCCUGCUUUGACCUUUUAAACAGCUUCAUGGAGAGGUGCAAUGAUGUACUGGAGCUAGUGGAGACCACCCGCCACUUCCGUCUGCUAGCAGAUGCCGCCGAGAUAGGUGGUGCCGGAAGUAUGAGCCUGGAUGCUUUGGUCAAAGAGAUCCACGUCAAAUACACACAAGCCAUGAAGGAGUUUUUUGCUGUAGUGGACAACGUCCUUAGUAUAGAUGGAACCCAGAAUUUUGAAAGGGCCUUCUUUAGAUUUAGAACUGUAGUGAAGUCCUUAGAGAAGAGGUUGGCGGAGAUCCUCCGUCUGUCCUAUAACCACUGCCCAACGGUGGAGUCCCAGCUCCGCCUCCUGGAGGUGUUUGAGGGGGUCAGUGGGCGUGAGCUCGUACAGAUUCACCUAAAGGACAAAGACCUUCAGUUAGUGAAGGCGUUUUCUGCUGAGCUGCAGGCUGUCAGAAGCAUGUUUGAUGAGGCGAACAUUAGCCCUCCCCUGCACGCUAAUAUGCCCCCCAUAGCUAGUCGACUGUUCUGGGUCAGAGCAUUGCAAGAGAGGAUCCGGAGACCGAUGGAGAAACUAAAGAGGGUCAGCCCCCACUCCCUGGAGGGGGACGAGGGGUGGCAGAUGAGGGACGCCUACCAGGAGUGUAUCAAGGUCCUGGAGGAGUAUGAGAAGAAGAUCACCCUCGACUGGCAGACCAACAUCACCUCAGAACUCACCAUGAAGCUCAAGCAGCCAUUGCUGAUUGCUGAGGAAUAUGACGAAGAAGUGGAUAUCCGUCCUCAAGUUGUCCAUGCCAAUUUGGAUGCUCAGCUUCUCCUCUUGCUGAAGGAAAUCCACUAUCUAUGUGGAGAACCCUUCAAUAUCCACCUUCCACCUGCUGCAAAGGAGUUGCUGAGAAACACUGAUGCUCACGAACUGAGGACCACUGCUACCCGACUGGAGACCAUUGUGUCAAAGUACAACAACAUCAUGAGAUCCAUCACCGAGUUUGAGAGACCUCUGUUUGAAAGGAAACUGUCCAAGAUUGAUAUUCUGUUUGAACAAGGCCUUCAGCAGUACACAUGGAGAAUGAGAGAGUCAGCUGACUUCAUCGAGCAGGCCAUGUCACUUGUGUGUGUGGAUGUUCAUCAGAAUCUUGACAUUGUUCAAACAAACUGUCACGAGAUUGCAGGAAUAACAAUAUCUUGGUCUAUGGGAUCUCUGGAUGUGUUCACUUCACGGGAUCAGGAAAAAUCCUACUCCAUGGAAGAGUUGCUGGGAAUGCAAAAGCAUUUAGAAGAUGACUUGGAGAAUGUAGUCAUCCCUUCUGGCCAUAAGAUCCAUCAGCUUGUGGACACAUCAUUUGAGGCUGUACAAAUAAGCCAGGCCUCUCCUGCCUGGCAGGAUUACAUUGACUAUGUGGACGCCAUCGUUUUGGACGGCUUGAAGCAAGCUACACUGACCAGUCUGAAGUCAAUGCUGAACAACCUGGUGCAGGCCAACAUGUCUGCUGAGGAUGACCUGGUUAUGCCAAUCCUGACCAUCCGACUGGAGCUGAUAGACAACCGAGUGGCGUUCCGACCACCCCUGGACACCCACACCUCAGUGAUCUCCGUACAGGAACUGGUUCAUCAAUGGCUGGACAGCUUCCUAGCCAGGGGAAAACUCGUCAAAAUGCUAGGACCAAAAGGCACCUACCAAGACUACAUAUCAGCAGAUGAUGAGGUGAAACAGCUUCUGUUGGACAUCAAUAAAAUGGUUUAUGAAAAUGGAGAGGAAUGCAAGAAACUGAUUGAAAUCUUUGGAGACUAUGCAUUCCUGUGGUUGCAAGACGUGAAUCUGACAUUUGAGGAGUUUCUGCGAGGGAAGCUUUCACCUAAUCCCCUCAGGAGCCCCAACAGAACAUUUGCAGGAAUGGUCCGUCAGCAGGCCACUGAAAGGUCAAGGACAGAUUCAAGAGCUUCAUCCACCAGCAGUUUGAAUUCAGCAGGAUUACUGGGAACUGCGGAGAGAACAUUCCUCACACCCAAAAACCAACAAGAGGAAGUGUCAUCCAAUAUUCCAAGUUUGGAUGAGUUUGAUGCAGAAAUUGAAAUUUACAGGACUGCCAGAGAUGAAAUUCAGAGCUUGGAGGACUUCCAUAAUGUUGGCUGGCUGCGUGUGGACCUUCAGCCAAUCAAACAGGUCCUUACAACAUAUGCUGCCAAAUGGAUGUGGACAUACACCAAAUAUCUCUCAGAUCAGGUGACAGACAUGUUAGAGAAGCAUGACAUGUUCCUGAAGCGGAUUGAGCCAGAGAUUGAGGGCAUUACUGGGGAGGAGAGAGACACAGCCUCUUUUAUGAAGAUGAUGAGAUUGUUCAAUGAGGUAUCAGCACAGCAGCUAGAAAUGGAUGGCAAGUUCACAGCUAUGCACAGGACUGUGUUGCUGUUGAAGAAAUAUGGCCAGAAACUACCAGAGAAGACCCAAGGUCUGUUCAGUGCUGCCCCAGGGCGAUGGAACAACCUGAAAACCAAAGUGUCCCUGGCCAAGCAAAGGCUGGGGCCCAGAAUCCAGGAGGAGUCAGUGCGCAUCACUCAGGAUUUGGAGGCCUUUGGAGAGAGAGUUAUGUCCCUUGCCAAGGAGCUGGAGAAUUCUGAUGUGUAUAACAGAGACUGUAACAUUUCUGAUGCCUGGGUUAUAAUUGAUGGAUUCUCCAAGAGACUGACAGUUCUGGAGAACGAGGCACAGGACCUGAUAGAGCUGCAGGGACUCCUUGAGGCGUCGGUGGUCAACUUUGAAAUAUUGCCUCAGUGUAGACAUGAGCUGAACAACCUGAAACAGGUGUGGGAGACUGUGCGAGUAAUCGACGAGCAGCAGUCGGAGUGGAAGCGACACCGCUGGCAGAAGAUGAACACCAAGUUCUUGAAGGAAGAGACCAACAAACAGCUAGACAUUGUGAGGGGCCUGCCGGAGGACAUCUUCACCUGGGACGUGUACAUGGGGCUGCAUGAGUCCAUCAGCACAAUUCAGGCGUGUCUUCCUCUGAUUGAUGACCUCAGUAACCCCGCCAUGAGAACCAGACACUGGAAAAAACUGGUUCAGGUCACCAAAGGGGGGAUCAACAUUGACUCUGAUUCACUGAAGAGGAUGACCCUCGGAGAACUCCUGGGGCUGGGACUGCAGAAACAUGUGGAUGAUGUCAGAGCCCAGGUACAGAGGGCUGUGAAAGAUCUGUCAAUAGAACAGAGUCUGAAGACCUACGACGAGGUCUGGCUCAGCAAAAUCUUUGAGCUAAGGCCUCACACCAGGAUCAGGACCGAGAUAGAUGUGACUCCAACAAAUCCAGAUCAACAUAGUGAAAGUGACCACUCUCAGCAGCAUGGACAACCCCCGGGCGCCAGUCGUAGCCAGGCCCGGACAGGAAGUCGAAUCUCCAACCAGAGUUCACACAGUAAAAACAAGCGAAGCAGUAUCGCAUCACUGCCUGCUUCGCUGCUUAACCUUGGUGAGGUAAUCGAAAACGACACUGGACAAAUAAUGCUCCUUACCAUGACUGACCCGAUAUUUGGUGAACUGGAAGCCCACCAGGUGUCUCUUCAAGCGAUGCAUAGCAACAGUCUGGCAGGCAGCUUUAUGGAUGACGUUGUCAAGUGGCAGAAGCGUCUGCAAACCAUUGAGGCUGUCCUCAGAACUUGGCUGGAUGUCCAGGAACUCUGGAUUGAGCUGGAGGAGGUGUAUUCUAGCACUGAUGUGAGGACCUCGCUCUCCCAUGAUGCCAACAGGUUUGCUGUCCUCAACAAGGACUUCAGACUCCUCAUGAGGGCCACAGAGAAAAACCCUAAUGUACUGCAGAGGUGUACACGCAAGAAUAUCCUGUCCAUCGUGGAGCACAUGAAGCACGGUUUGGAGACCUGUCGCAGAAAUCUUCUCCAUCACCUGGAACGUCGGCGACAGAUCUUCCCACGAUUCUACUUCCUGUCUAUGGAGGAUGUCCUGCAUAUUGUCUGCAAUGGAUAUGACCUGAACCAAGUGAACCUGUACAUCAACAAGCUGUUUGAGAAUGUAGGCAGCAUCGUGUUUGAGGAGGUGGAAGAGGAGGAGAGGUAUAAAUUCCUCAUCACCGGCGUCACCAGCUGUCUGGGCGAGAGGCUGGAGUUCAACCAACCUGUAGCAUGUGAGGGACAAAUAGAAACAUGGCUUUCCUCCUUUGUGAGCAGUCUGAAGGGCUCCCUACAAUUCCAAAUGGCCACUGCCCUGGGUUAUGAGAAACCUAGACCCAAGAGAAGGACAAUCAGGAGUGCUGGCUCCCGGAAAGUCUCUGUGCCUGUCCGGGCCUCAAGCUCCCUCAGCAAACAGAAUAAAGGAGACAAAACAGGAAGUAGAGCCAGCAGCAGGCAGAAGAAGGAACGGGAAAAGGAAAAAGAACCCACCGCUAGUCGUGCAUCAUCUGUUGCCGAGCAACUGCUAAGCGACCCAGAGAGAGACCCCCAGAAAUCCUGGACCCUGGAUCAUGUAGCGGAGGUUGUCUACCUGGCCACUCAAGUGCAGAUGACUGAACAGAUCACCGAGAGUCUGGCUGCACUGGAUUCUGGGAACAGGGACAGUCUCAAGAACUGUCUGGAUAAGAUUAACUCCAGUAUUAAGGCCACAGUCAUAUUACUCAAAGGCUUGGAGGGUGACAAAGAGGCUAAGGGCAGGAAGGAAAAAACAGAAAGUGAACUGAAGUCCAACCGUCUGGGUGAGGAAAAAGAAGAAUUCUCAGAGUCAGCCUCAGUUGCCGGGGCCAGGAGUAGCUACGGUGGGGCAUCCAUGGGGCAGUCCAGGAAGGGCUCCAUGUUUGAUGUGGGGCUAGAGUCGGGGCGAUCCCCCAUCCCAGAGGAGGAAGGGUCCCUGCAGGACCACCAGGACUCUACUGGGACCGGCGGUGAAAACACUCAGCGCUCCAAAACUGACAAACCCGACCAGAAAGCAUUGGUUGAACCUCAGACAAUGGAACCUAUUGAUACAAUGAACAUUCUCAAUAUGCCACUACCCACAAUCAAAACCACCCAGGAAGUCGAAGCAGCUAAGAUGGAAGAGCCGAUCGAUAACUCGGAGCUCAAACUCAUGCUGUUCCCGAGUCAGAUCCAGAAACUGACCUCCUUGCUGGCCUUGAUGGCUCACCUGCGAGAUUUCAUGGAGAGAAUGAUUGAGGCGGAGAACAACGACGCCUUCAGUACAUUCCAGUGGAACGCCCAGCUCAGAUAUUACUAUAACAAGGACACUAAAGGGGUCACUGUCAAGUGUCUAGAUGCAGAGUUUGACUAUGGCUAUGAGUACAUUGGUUCCAGCAAUCGUGAGGUGAUCACACCGCUCACCGAGCGAGUGUUCGUGGCCUUGUGCCAGUCCAUCAGGGCACACAUGGGGGGCAUGUGUGUAGGGGCCAUGGACACGGGAAAGUUUGAACUUGUUCAUGAACUGAGUAGAUCCCUGGGCUAUCCCCUGUACAGGUUCAACUGCACCAAGACCAUGAACUAUGAACAGCUUCAGGACAUCUUCAGAGGAAUGGCUGCCACUGGAUCCUGGGUAUGUUUUGACAACUACAACCACCUAGCCCCUGCCGUUCUGAGCGUCUUUGCUCAGUUGAUGUCCGCUGUAAUGGAGGCCCUGAAGGCAGGGAAGGUGGCGGUUCAUCUCCAGUCUGAUGACAUACAGCUCAACCCCAGCGGGGCAUGCUUUGCCCUCCUAGACAGUGCACUGAAGGUUCAGCCAGGAAACCCUGACAAACUUCUGCUGUAUCCAUCAAUCACUGCUGCCCUCCCAGACUACAUCAUGACCCAGUUUAGAACUGUCACCAUAGUACAGCCUGACCUUCACCUUACACUGGAGGUCAUGCUGUGUAGUCAAGGAUUUAUUCAUGGACGAGAACUUGCCAAGAAGACAAUGAUGGUUUAUGAAAUGUGCCGUAAACUCCUGGGCACAACUCAGUUCAUAUCUGAAGACAUGACUCAAGGUUGUGACAUAGCUACAAGCAAUGGCGGCUGGAGCAUCAAGACUUUGAAAGGGGUGGUCUCAGAAGCAGGCGCCUACUUGGAGAAGAACAUGUCCGACGUGCUGGACAUGGCAGAGAUGAGCCCAAUUAAAGAGGAGGAGGAAGAAGAGGAGAAGGAGGAAGAAGACCUACAGGAGGAUGGAGAGAAACAUGAAGAGGAGGAGACUGAGAAAGUGAAGAAAGACAAAGCACCUGCUGCCACUGCUCCUCAAGGAGACGGCAUUUCCUCAGAAAUGAAACUCCGGGCAGAAGAGAAGUCCUUAGUGAUGGCCAUAAGAGACACUUUCCUACCCAGAAUGCAAGGCAGAGAUGCAAGCAUCUUCUGCACCCUGAUCACUGAUAUCUGGCCCCAUGUGGACCUUCCCCUGCUGUUCGGAGGGGGGUCUCCCUUGUCCAAACCACCCCAAUCCAGAAUCAGCUCCCGCGCGAGAACAGCUAAGAGUGAUAACUCCGCACGCUCAUUAAAAGAUCCCAUAUUCCAUUGGAGAGACUCCAUCAAUUUGAACACCCCAGUGGUGCCCCUGGCUCACGCGGCAGGCAGUCGAUUCAUGGUGGACGGACAGAGACAAGUGUUGGAGGACAUGCACGAUGCCAUUGCCGUGGCAACAGGUGACCUUGGCCUUUUGCCAGGAGUUGCUUUCCAAGGUCGUGUGGCACAACUGGCAAAUCUGAAUGCUGCUCACCAAACAAUAUUUGUGGUUGGACCAGCAGGAUGUGGAAAAAGCGAGUGCAUCAAAACGUUUGGAUUUUCCGAGAGAGAGCGGGGUAAAACUAUUGCUGUCCAGACAUUAUUCACCAAGGCUGUUGAGUCUGAGGAGCUCAUGGGAUACUUCCACACCAAGAAUGGAGAAUGGAAGGAUGGAUUACUGACAUCUCUCCUAAGAAAACUCUGUAUCCAGCCAGCUUCUACCAACUAUGACCUCCAGACGACCCAGAAAAUGAAGGUCAUCCAGCUGGAUGGGGAAGUGGAUCCAGGUCAGAUGGAGCUGCUCAGUGCUGUGCUGAACAAUGAUGGUGCAGUGGUUCUGGGCAACAACGAGAGGAUCAUUAUUCCAGAGACUGUCCGAUUCAUCUGGGAGAUGGAGAAUGUGGAGAAGAUGAGCCCUGCCGUGUUGGCCAAUGUAGGAAUCCUGAUGAUGACCUCACAGGAUGUGGGCUGGAAGAUGAUGCUGGUGCAGUGGCUGGAGAAGUGUGAUGAUGCAGACAAGGAAUUGAUGACUGGAUUCUGUGAUAUUUACAUUGAGAAGACAAUAGACUAUCUCUCAAAGUGCUGCCAGCCACACAUGUUUGGAAACAACGACACCAAGGGAUGUCCCCGCUACAAGAGGGUCAUCAACCACUCAGUGGAAAACAUGGUGUCUACGUUUACAACUCUACUGGAUGCCCUGAUCUCCAGAUGUCGAGAACUGAGUGAUGUUGAGCUGGAGCGAUACUUUAACUUUGCUGCUGUCUGGGCCUUCGGAGGAACUCUGGAAGCAGAGUGUCGCGAGUCGUUCAGUAACUGGUGGAAGGAGCAGUUUGAGCAGCAUAUUGAUUAUCCCGAGGAGGGAACUGUAUUUGACUACUCUGUGGGGUCAGUUGAUGCUGUGGACCAGGGAACCCACGAGUUUGUACGCUGGGCCGACAUCCUGCCUUCCUACAGUAGCAGUGCAGCCAUGGGGAUUCCCCCAGAGGCAUUUGUGCACACUGUGCCAGCAGAGCAAAUGACUUUCCUGUUGAGUACACUCACAGACUACAGGAAAUCUGUGAUGUUGGUCGGAGAAAAUGGCUGUGGUAAGACGGCCAUCAUUAAUGACAAGAUCCGGACAGCCUACUCCGGAGAAGUGGCCGAGGUCCUGUCCCUCACCAUACAGGCCAACAGGUUUACCAAUGCCAGACUCCUGUAUGACAGACUGGAUGAGAGACUGGAAUGGAAACAUGGACAGACCUAUGUUCCCAAGGGCAACAAACGUCUGCUCUGUCUUGUGGAUGACAUCAACCUAUCCCAGGUUGACCUGUCAGGACAGCAGACGGCUGUGGAGCUGGUGAGAGAACACAUUGAUGAUGGUGGCUUCUACAAUCAGGACACACACGCGUGGCGCUAUGUCAACAGUGUCACAUACUGCACCACGGUCAAUCCAAACACCACCGCUAACGUCCCCAAACUCAGCCAGAGGUUCAUGAGGCACUUUGCUGUCUUUGGAGUGCCUUACCCAGACUUGGCGGACCAGCAGAGCAUCUUCUCCAUCCUCCUGCAGACACACUUCAUUGCCCCUGAGACCUCCAGUACACAGGCUGGUCAUCAUCUCCAUGAUGAAAAGAACUUGGUGAUCAUUAAGAAACAGGAGGAGGCCAUGAGGUCCCUAUUGAGCCUGAUUGUGAAGGUGACAGUAGAGUUACAGGACCGAGUGAGGUCCAUGUACCUCACCACCUCCCAGAGGUGUCACUACAUGUUCACAAUGAGGGACCUCUCGGUCAUAUUCAAAAAUCUGUGCCUGUCUCUCCGCCCUGGCUGUUCCAAGAGGAAUCUGAUGUUGCUAUGGCAGCAUGAGUGUACGUGGGUGUACUCUCACAGAAUGGUGAGCGAGGUGGACGUUCGUCGAUACAGACAGGCCUUUGUGACCGCUGUCAAGAAGGAAUUCACCAAUGAUGAAGAGGUGACCCACAUGCUGAAGGUGCGUCAACCAUAUUUUAGUAACCUGAUUGAGCAGGACAGUGGGGUGGUGACCGCGGGGAUGAUUGACACCCGCCACAGCUCCAACAUCUCGGAGGAGGACGCCAAAACCGACCUGUACAAACCUGUCUUCAAAUUUGAGGAUGUCAAGGAGCUAAUGUCUAAAGGGGUUGAGGAAUAUAACAAAAUCCAUCCCCGCAUCAAAUUAGCUCUAUACAAGCGUGACUAUACGACUGUGAUAGAACAAGUGUGUCGCCUGGCCCGGACCAUUGCCUCCCCCCACGAGACCUCCCACUCCGUGCUAGUCGCUGAGGGGUGCCCGGGGAGGGCCACAAUCAUUGUCAAGCUGGCGGCCCACCUGUGUGGGUACACAGUGUACCAGAUCAACCCCACGUCCAUGGGAUCCUCCACCGAGUACAAGAUGGAUCAGUUCAAGGCCGACUUGGUGCAGGGAUACACCAGGGCAGGCUCAAGGGGAGAGAAGAUUCUACUGCUCCUACAUGAGGAGGAGCUCUUGGAGGAGGACUUUAUUGUGUUCCUCCAGGAGUUUAUCAUGGGAGGCUCCAUCAGCCAUCUGUUUACCUAUGAGGAGCAGACGACAAUCAUCAACUCCAUCAGAACAGAGGUCACUCAGGCCGGGCUCACCUACACCAGGGACGUAGCUUGGAACUUCUUCCUCAGGACUGUAAGGAACAAUUUCCGAGUUUGCUUCAUCAUGAAUGAGGGCAAGGAGGCUUUCCAGAGACGGUGCCGAGAAUUCCCGUCCUUUGCCAAAAAUGUCAACUUCUUGUGGUUCCCACACUGGUCCAAGACACAGCUGGUUGAGCAUGCUCAAUACCAUUUCAAAGACAUCAACUGGAUGACAGCCAUACAGAAGGAGAACAUCUCCCACAUGUUGGCCUCCAUGCACCUGGUUCUCCGUCAGCAGGACGGGCAGGAGAAGGAUGCGGGCGAGUACUGUCACAUCACCAACACCAGCUACGAGAAGUUCGUCGAGAGAUAUAUAUCACUGGCCUCUGCUAAGAACCAAGAGGUCUGUUCAGAUCAUGACUCUGUGACUAAAUCACUGAACCAUAUCAAACGUGAAAAUGAGGUUGCUUUGAAACUGAGAAAACUUUUGGAGCAUGAAAUGAUUGUGUUAGAGGAACGAAAGCAGGGAACCAUUAAAAUUCUGUCCCAGAUUGGAAAGGACACGGCCAUUACAGAGCAACAGAUCAAAGUGGUCAAGGCCCAACUAGACAGAAUCUCUAGGCUCAAGAAGCUGCUACCAGAAUACCAGGUUGCCCACGAGAGGGCGGUAUACAAGGCCAUCGCCAUCGUAGCAGACACCAAGAAGGUCAUUCAGAACAUGGACAUAGAGAAGCUGAGUGAACUACGCGGCAUGAACAAGCCCAUCCUGGACAUCGAGGAUCUGAUGACGGCCAUCAUCAUGAUAUUGAAAUCUCCAUCAGCAGACUUAACAUGGCAGAAAGGAGCCAAACGACAAAUGGCCAACUUAGAAAGAUUCAUUGAAGAGUUGAUGUCAUUUGAUGACAACCAGCUUCCCGAGUCUACACUGCUUUUAGUGGAACCAUACCUGAAAAAGCCCAGCUUUGACCCUGAGGCCUUGGAGAGGAAGACCAGUAAUUCGGCCUGUGGGGCUCUGUGUAAGUGGGUCAUUGGCGUGGUUAGAUACCAUAGAAUGAUGAUCUCCAAGGUCAAACCACUGCACCAAAAGGUAGAGGAGACCACUACAGCAGUGGAUGAGGCAGAGCACAAGAUGGCUACCCUGGAAAACAAAAGAAAGUCACAUGAAGUAAGACUGACAGACCUGGCCAAAGGAUUUGAGGAAGCCACCAUUGACAAAAACCAACAGGAGGAGAAAACCAAGAUGAUGAAAAAGAAGCUGGAAACGGCUGCUCAACUCAGAAAAAUCCUGAAAGGAGAGAGACAGAGAUGCCAGCAGAUUUAUGAUUCUCAUGAGCGCCGCGCUGUGGCGAUACCUGGUGGUUGUGCAAUGGCGGCAGCCUUCGCCACUUAUCUGGGACCCUACCACCACAACUUCCGACGAGUGAUGCUGACCAUUCACUGGCCCAACUGUCUGAGGGAGAGGGGAAUUCCCCUGGUUAUUGAUAGCAUUGAUGGAUUGAAAGGUCGAGUGAUAGACUGGAGUAUUGACUUCUUGAAGACUGCCACAGGGGCCAGUCAGGUGUAUGACAUAGAUUAUACCUCAGCACUGCUGGGUCAGAAUGUGGACCAGGAUGACUCCAAUGCCACGCAACCGCAGGAGGAGGAAGAGGAGGUUCUUGUGGAAAGUGGAGAGGAGAGCAAAGAACAGGAGGUAGAAGAGAAGGAAGAACAGAAGAAGGAGACUGCAGAAGGGAAUGAGGAGAAAGAAGAUGGUGAGGAGAAAGGAGACAAGGAAAAAUCAGAGAAAGAGGAGAAACAAGAGAGCACUGAACCUGCUACAGAUAAAGAGGCAGAGGAAUCAGAAAAAGGAAAAGAGAAGUCGCUGGCCAAGAUCCAGGAGCAGGAGGAGGGGAGUGAGGAGGAGGACAAGGACAGUAUGGUCACUCAGUCCACCACCCCCAUGAUCACCUCGGUCCAGUACAACAAGUACGUCCUGUCCCUCAUCAAGCUCCUGGUGGGGGAGAGAACUCUCAACGACUGGAUUCGUAAAGACUUUGGACCCCGACAGAUUGAAAAUGCAGCCAUGUUAUGUUCGUCAUGGCAACGACCUCCCAUGAUGAUUGACCCCAACGGAGAGGGAUCUGUUUGGCUGGGGAAACUCAAUAAGCUGAUGAACAAGAAGAAGCUAGUGUCCUUGGACAUGGAGACAAGGUCUGAUCCGCAUGUUUUGAUUACACUGGAGAAAGGCAUCAUGAGGGGCAAGCCUAUAAUACUGACCAACUGUGAGGAAAACAUUGACAAUGUAAUCACCCCUCUCAUCCACCACCGCAACACAGCCGAGGAAAACGACAAGAAUGAAGAAGCCCGCAUGAUCAAGUUUUGUGGACGCAGAGUCCUGUGCCAACCAGAUUUCCGUUUCUACCUCUCUACUCCUCUGGCCAAACCCAGAUUUAACCCGGAAGUAGCCUCGACCACGACCCUGAUCAACUUUGGAGUGUCACAUGACACAUUGAUGGAGGACCUCUUGACGAGAGCAUUUGCUCGCAUGAGGCCGGAGCUGUAUCAGGAGAGGUGUAAAACACUGAAGAACCUCCAGUUACAGAGAGACACUCUUUUAUAUCUGUCAGAGAUCGUGAAGUCUCAUGUGUUGUCCAAUCAGGCAGGAAUUCUGGGAAGUCCCAAGGCUCUGAAGUACAUCACAGACAUGACAAAUGCCAAAAUGGAGUUAGCGAACAGGUUGAAUGACACUCAAGCCCUCCUGCUUCAUCUGAAUGAUCUGAAGGAUGACCUGUUUCCCCUGGCGCGUAGAGCGGCCAUGUUAUUUGCGAUCAUCCGCAGCUUGCAGAGUGUUCACAAUGAGUACCAGUUCCCCCUGCAUUACUUUAUCGAGUUGUUUGAUGAGGCGGUCGGUGGAGAACUGCCACCAGAGUUCUUGAAUGCUGAUGAAGAAGAAGGGGGUUACGAGGAUGGAGAUGACAGUUCAGCGGGUGGAGCCCUGCAGAAGAAGCGCAAAGACAGUGCAGCCAGCUCCCAGGGUUCAAAGGCAAGUGCCACAGCAGGUACGGGAGACAAACAGACCCUCAAGUCAGAGAAAGAGGAUGGAGAGAAGGAUGAAUAUGCUGAUGACUUUGAUGAGGAUAAGACUGAAGAAAAAGCUAAGGAAAAGGAUGAUAAGGCUCUUGAGCCCCCUCCCGAAACUCAGUUAGCAGAUCAAGAAUAUAUCGAGUUGCUAACUGUUUGGAGAAAGCAGGGAGAUUCUGCUAGUACUGCAGCAGCACAGAAACUUCUGGAAGGAUCAGAAUCAGAUGAGUUGCCUCCCCUUGAGAUCCCAGAGACUGUCCCCUUGCCAACAGAGGGAGUUAAAUACGAAAGCCUCUCAGCCAAUCAGAUUAAGCAAGCCAUGGAUAAGAUGACUGGAUUAGUAUACAGAAGGAUCAGAGAAGCCCUGUAUGAGAAAGACAUUUUACUGUUUGCCACUCUGCUGUGCCUUAACAUUGAAUCAGAGGGAACAGAAAACUUCUCAAAUGAAGAGAUGUCAUUGCUCCUGCAAGGUAACCCUGGCUUGGGAAUGCAGUUGACCUUGAACGACUUUGACUGUAAGGACCCACCCCCAAAAUGGCUCCCACAGGAGAAGUGGGAGGAUAUAUUGGCCCUGUCUGUCCUCCCAGGGCCCCUGGACAGUCUGUGUGUACACAUGGCUCAGAACUCUGACACCUGGAAAAGCUGGUAUACCUCGGACUACCCAGAGAGGGAGCCACUGCCUGUAGCCUCUGCAGGAGGAGAGGAAGACAAACGUCCAUCAUCUGGAGGAAGUAGGAACAGUCAAGGUAACGGCAUGAAGACCCCUGACCUUGGGCCUCUUUCUGACUUCCAUCAGCUGCUGUUAUUGCGCAUGCUUAGACAGGACCGUCUGCCAGCAGCUCUGGUCCGCUAUGUCAACAAACACCUCACCAUUAACCUCCCAGAGCAAACUGACUUCAAUUUGAGUGAUGUCCUCCAAGAUGCAAAGCGCCAUCUAGGUGUGUUGCUGCUGCUGCCACCUAGUGUCUCAGAGAGUCAGCAACAUCCGUCCAACAGACUGCGCCUGACCAAACCACCAGUGGAAGUCCUGAAGAAAAUGGCACAGGCCAUUGGAGCCCAGGUGGAGAUCGUGCGUGUGGGUGAUGGCUGUGAGAUUUUGGUGGAUGAAGCCAUCGACAGUGCUGAUAAGAACGAUGGCUGGGUGAUCAUUCAGGACCUUCAUCUGGCUCCGCCCAAAUUCUUUAACAACCUGAAGAAACACCUUAUCCGAGUGGCCAGAUCUAGAAGUAAUGCUCAGGAUGAAAAUCAGAAAGGAAAUCGUUUCUGUGUUUGGAUUACAUCAGAACCAUGCCCGUUGAUUCCAAGCUUCUUGCUGCAGAACCUGCACAAAAUUGCAUGGAACCACAUUACGGAAGAUGUGGUUAACUCAAAGAACAUGAAAGAUGAGGGCAAGGAGGCUGAAGGGGGUAACCAGGCCCCCAAAGCCCCACUCGCCAUUUCUUACAGAUCCCCGGGGACAUACCUCCACUCUGCAAUUGUGUCCACCCUCAAACAAAUUCCUACAGAGCUCUUGGAGAAAGUCUCCACUGAGCCCCAGAUGGUCCGCACCAUUGCGUUUGGUCUUGGCGUCAUACAAGGAAUGCUGGUGGCUCGCCAACUGUUUGGAGCUCAGGGCCUUAACCAGUGGUACCCAUUCAACCAGGUUCAGAUGGAACAGGCUCUGGUGGCCCUCACCGGUAAAAUGCUGAAAUCUGAAGAACAGCAGGCACCAAAAGUUGACAACAUGGUUGAAAUAUUUGCCAAGCUGAUAUACCAGAACUGUGUGUUGACCUACAGUGACAUGGACUAUGUAGAGGCCUGUGUGAAGAAUGUCCUAAACAAUCUGUAUCAGGACAGUACUGGAAGCUUGGUGCUUGGGAGCGUGGCCAUCCCAACACCUCCUGCUAACGUUGAUCCUGCAGACUUUGGACAGUGGUAUGAAGAUAAUGUGGAUGAUGAAUUCACACUAGGAGCCCUGCAGCUACACACCAGUGCAGAGCGAGAAACCAUAGACUCUGAAGCUACCGAUUUUAUCCGAAAUCUGGACUUGAUGUUUGAGACCCAGACAAUGGAGGCAGGAGACAUAGCUAGCGUCCAGCAGGACCGAGUGAACAUCAUGAGGCUGAGGUCCUCCCUGGACCUGUGCUCCGAGGAGUUACCUAUCCUGUUGGAGCUGGGACAAGUUGGUGACCUGAUCAAGCAGGACUAUAACUUCCCAUACCAUGUUCCUAGUCUGAUCAGUCUUGCCACAGCCAGCAGUUCACAAAUGCCCGAAACCAUCGGCUACUGCUUGCUGCAGGAGUGCCUAUGGAUGAACAACUCCCUCUGUCAUAUGAGGCAACAGAUCCAUGAACUACAAGGCUGCCUUUUGGCAGGCCCAGAGGCUAUUACUAAGGAACUCCUGCCAACUGCCUGCAGCCUACAGGAGGAACAUGUUCCUGUGUCCUGGAUCCAUCCUAACUGUCAGCCUUCCACUCACUCCCUUGUUUCCUGGUUGGAAGAUUUGAAGAAAAGACAUGACCAGCUACAUAACUGGGUCAAACACAACAUGGUCCCCAUUUUCAAGAAUGGGACCCUGGAAAAUCCCACCAUUGCUGCCGGUCACCUGGGCAAGGUUUGGCUGGGAGGACUGGUCAACCCUCAGGCCCUACUGGUGGCUAUCAGACAGGAGAAGGCCAUUGUUGCUCAGUGCUCCAUGUCAGAGAUCUCCUUUGAGUGCAUCGUGAUGGACAACAUCAACACUGACGAGUAUGAUCUGGAUGAGGGAGGAAUGUUCAUCAGUGAUAUUCAUCUACAAGCGGCAGCCUGGGAUUACGAGAACGACUGUCUGAAAGACCCUGUGUCAUCUUUGUACAACAUUCCAUACAUGUACAUGAAGCCAGUUCUAACAGCUGAGCAGGCAGACAAAAUCAACAAACAGACCAUAUAUCCCUGUCCUAUCUUCAUGAAUAAGAGCAGACAAGUGCAGACUACGACAGUGAACUUGAACUGUCCAGUUCCAGUGGACAAAUGGAAGAUGGCCAGAGUAGCCCUAAUACUGGAUCCAGGUCUCCCUGAGGAUGGUGUAAAGAAAUCAAGGUCCUAUUUGAUGCUGAUGAAGGCUCCCAUGAUGCCUAUACAAGAAGAGGAAUCCAUUCGAUCAGAUGAGGAAGAAGAGGAACUAAUUGAACUGGAACAGGGAGAGGAGAUCGAGAACUCUGAGCAGUCUCAAAUGUCCUACCGGCCAAUGAGCCCCAAAGCCCCACCCCUGCCGCCAGGACUGGCCCUUCAGAAAGAACCCCCCAUGGGUGGUGACCAAGCUUCAUCAUCUUCAAAGCAAGCAGGUGAAGCAAAACAGUCAAGUAUCAAAGGUAGCAAGGACUCUGUAUACAGCCAGGGCAAGUCAGAAGGAAAGAAAGAAAGUCGCACAGCCACACCUACAAAAGCCAGUGAAAGAUCUGAACAGCAGUCACCAAUGGAGGCAAAGCCUGGUUCCCGACCCCCAACAAGGACUAGCGUGACCAGUAAGAAGUCGAAAGAAAAAGAAGAAAAGGUAGCUUCAGAGGAAGAGGUUAACGACAAGGGAAGUGUUACCAAUACCAGGCCUCGAUCAGAGCAUGAAGAUCCGGUCACUCAGGUGGAGAUCGAACACAGUGAGGAUGAGAAUGGAGGGGACACUGAGAGGAAAACUCAACCGGCUAGUGACAGAAGUUCAGAAGAAAAUCAGAAUCAAAAUGCAAUGAAAAAAUCUGUAUCAAGCUCAUCUCUGAAAAAAGGAGAAUCAACACAAAGUUUGAAAAAAGGAGAAUCAACACAAAGUUUAAAGAAGGGUUCUUCAACACAGAGUUUGAAAAAGGGGUCAUCAACACAGAGUUUGAAAAAGGGGGAAUCAACACAGAGUUUGAAAAAGGGGGAAUCAACACAGAGUUUAAAGAAAGGGGAAUCAACUCAAAGUUUGAAGAAAGGUAGUUCAACACAGAGUCUUACAAAACAACAAUCAACCCAGAACUUGAAAAAGGGAACAUCUGGGGAAAGUUUAUACAAUGCAAAAUCUAAGGAAAGUUUGAAGAAAGGUACUUCAAGCGAAAAUCUCAAGACCACAAGGUCAAAAGACAGUUCUGAAGGUCAACCCUCUGAAACCUUACAGAAAUCAAAAUCUAAAGAGAGUUUGAAGAAGUCAUCUUUUGAAGAUGAAGCCAAAGAGUCUUCAGAGCCACAGGCCACAAACAGGGAGUCGGAAAAAUCAAAAUCUUCCCCACCACCCACUAACCGCAGUGUGGAGGAGAAACAGAAUUCAGAAUCCCAGAAAGAGGCUACAGCAACUACUGAUGAUGCUACCAACCAAAAACAGGAGGAGAGUGUAGCAGACGACAAGCAAGCAGAGACCAGCAAAGAGCAAGAACCAGCUAAACAGGAGGAGACAACUGGUGCCAAAGACAAGGAUGAGAGUGAUAAGGAUAUGCUGUGAUCUUAUAUCAAAAUUUGAUGGAUAUUUUUUGUUUACAUGAACUGCCAUUCUUAUUUUGAUUUGUGAAGAUCCAACUUCUCUUUGAGGAAAAAUAAUAUUUAGAACCAUGAUUUGUUAUUGAUUAUUUUAUCUCUUAUGUUGUUGCAUCAUUUUAUUGAAGAAAAAAUUUCAAUAAUGACAUAUUAAAAAAAAUGUGCUUAAUUGUUGAUAAAUUUACAUUUACCUACCGGUAUAUGAAAAUAAUUAUUACCAAAAAUUGUUGUAGUUAUGUGCCUUAAAGUUCAUAGUUAAUUAUACAUGGUAUUUAUUUUAAAUAAGCAUACCGUCCAAAACUUGCUGAAUUUUACACUAUAAACAGAAUGUGUUUACAAGUGUUUAGUCAUUUUAAUUGAUGAUGAUAUCUACUUCCGUCCAAAGUCCAAACAUUAUUUUUGAAAACUGCUGAUCUAAGCAAAAUAACCUCUACAUUUAUUAUUUUUCACACUUGUCAAGAGUAUAUUUUUUUUAAAUUUAUUUAUGUGUUUUUAUGUCUUCUUUUUUGUUGUUUAUUUACAUUAUAUUUUUUUUUCUAUUGAUGUUACUUGAAUUUUUGUGAUAAUAGUAUACUUUAUGCAUCACUGUCAGAAAAUUAGAAAUUAUUUAUUUUGUAUUUCAAAAAAAAGACAUUUAGUGUUAAUGUGUGUAUGAAUAGUUCUGUAUUUAUGUGCACACUAUAUUGUGGUUUAUUUUGGAACUACCUGUUGACCAAUUGUAUUGUAUUUUAUUUAUUUUUUGCGUGUGAUAAUAAAUUAAAGUUAUUGUGAGUAUUUGAAUAAGCGAUGAUGAAUAAACUGGAUUUUAAUUGUU